AUGUCGGAUCCCAGUAACUUUGCUAUCCAGGGCUUCAACCUCUCCAAACUUUUGAAGAGGUUGGAAGAUGCUACUGCGAGGCUAGAAGAUGUCACCUUAUAUCAGGAAGGAUAUAUUCAGACAAAGCUGGAAGACUUGAGUGUGAGAGGAAGCUCCAACGAGGUUGAACAGAAAAAGACUGACCAUGUUACUGUUGAGAUACCAAAAUCUCUCCCUGAGAAAGCGGAAGAGCAGACAGAGGAAGAAUCAGCAAGCGUAAAAGGUUUUAGAUCCAUCAUUGACUCUAGAAUCGAACCUCUUUAUCAGCUUUCAGAGAAAAUUGAUCCAGUCGUUGCGAAGUCUAUCAAACAUCUUCAGGGUGCUUUCGAGGCCCAAUUGUCUUUCCUGCGGGUUGUUUCGUUGUCAAAGAAGCCCGAUUUUGGUUCUGAAAGCUUCAUUAAAGCUUUACAGCCUCUAAACGAACAGAUAAUGGCAAUUGGCGAGCUGAAAGACGAAAAUCGCCAAAGCAAGUACUUUGCGUACCUAAACUCAGUUGCAGAAGGAGCCCCACUUUUGAGCUGGAUCGGUGUAGAGACGCCAAUGUCUUUGAUUGGAGACUUCAAGGACGCCGCACAAUUUUGGACCAAUAGAAUCCUCAAGGAUUUCAAAGAGUUGGACCCUAGCAGUGUUGAAUGGGUGAAGGGUUUUCUAGCGAUAUUUGAUGAUCUCAAAAGUUAUGUGAAGGAGUACCACACUACUGGACCUUCAUGGAAUAAUGCCAGUGGUAUCGAAUUCGCAGAAGCUGUGGCCAAAAUUGAAGGGCAGAGCUCUAAGGCGGUCCCAAGUUCGACUGCGCCAAACGCCUCUCAGGGCUCUGGAGCUCCACCACCACCACCUCCGCCACCAGCUCCCCCAGCUUCUGUUUUCGAAGCACAAGCAGACAAGUCUGAGAAUGCAGGUAUAAGUGCUGUAUUUGACGAGCUGAACCAGGGAGAGAAUAUUACGAAAUCCCUAAAGAAAGUUGACAAGUCUCAGCAGACCCACAAAAAUCCUGCGCUUCGUGCCUCCAGUGCAACACCUUCUGCCAGAACCCCACCACCAAAGCCCAAAAAACCAACGACCUUGAAGACUAAAAAACCUGCAAGAAAGGAACUUGUGGGCAACAAGUGGUUUAUCGAGGGCUAUGAAAACGUAGAAACUCCAAUCACUAUCGAAGUCAACAAGGACGAGUCUGUGUACAUCGGGAAUUGCAGCAAUGUUUUUGUAAAGAUUGAAGGUAAGGUUAAUGCAGUCUCGGUGAGCGAGACUGAGCGUUGUAAUGUUGUUCUGGAGAGCAGCGUGUCUGGAAUGGACAUUAUCAAGUCCGUGAAAUUUGCUGUUCAAGUUGAACAGUCACUCCCUCAAAUAAGUAUCGAUAAAAGCGAUGACGGUACCAUCUACUUGAGCAAGGAGUCAUUAAAUGCAGAGAUCUUCACCUCCUGUACAACUUCAGUCAACGUCAAUCUCCCAAUUGGUGAAGAGGGCGAUUUUGUAGAGUUCCCAGUUCCUGAGCAACUCAAACACAGCUUUGCUGAUGGAAAGCUGAAAACCACUGUUUAUGAGCAUGCAGGUUAG